CUAGAUAUUUCCACUUGCAUAUUAUUUUCACUUCACUUCUGCACAAGCAUCCAACAUAACAAUGGCUUCUUCAGAAACAAACCUUCCCGUCAAGCCAAUCCCUGGAAGCUAUGGCAUCCCCUUCUUCGGUCCAUUGAGUGACAGGCACGACUAUUUCUACCACCAAGGACGCGACAAGUUCUUCGCAAGCAGAAUCCACAAGUACAACUCCACCGUUAUCAGAACCAACAUGCCGCCUGGUCCAUUCAUCUCUUCCAACCCCCGAGUCAUCGCUCUUCUAGACGCUGUUUCGUUCUCUAUCCUGUUCGACAACUCCAAGGUUGAUAAACGUGACGUCCUCGACGGCACCUUCAUGCCCUCCACCUCCUUCACCGGCGGCUACCGCGCCUGUGCUUUUCAAGAUACUACUGAGCCAUCCCACGCGCUUCUCAAGCGCUUCUACCUCAACUUUCUGGCUUCCAAACACGAUGUUUUCAUUCCCCUCUUCCGCAACAACCUAUCCGACCACUUCUCCGACCUCGAAGACAAACUCGCCGGAAAAUCCGGCAAGGUUAGCUUCAACACCUCCAUCGGCGGCGCCGUCUUCAGUUUCCUAUUCCGUCUUCUGACUGACAAAGACCCCGCCGAAACCAGGAUCGGCUCCGACGGGCCCAAACUCGUGGAAACCUGGCUCGCGGCUCAGCUGGCGCCGCUGGCCACGCUGGGUUUGCCGUGGAUAUUCAACUACGUGGAAGAUUUUUUGAUCAGAACAAUCCAGUUCCCGGCGUGGACCGUGAAGUCGAGCUACAAGAAGCUCUACGAGAGUUUCUCGACGGCGGGUACGUCGUUGCUGGAUGAAGCGGAGCGCGCGGGGAUUAAGAGGGACGAAGCGUGUCACAAUUUGGUGUUCAUGUUAGGGUUCAACGCGUACGGAGGAUUGACGAACCAGUUUCCGAUCCUGAUAAAAUGGGUCGGGUUAAGUGGCGAGGGUUUGCACAAGCAGCUCGCCGAUGAAAUCAGGACCGUUGUUAGGAACGAAGGCGGGGUCACUCUUGGUGCGUUGGAUAAGAUGACUUUGACCAAAUCGGUGGCGUACGAAGCACUUAGGAUAGAGCCUGCGGUACCUUUUCAAUACGCGAAGGCGAGGGAGGAUCUGGUGGUGCACAGUCACGAUGCGUCUUAUGAGAUCAAAAAGGGAGAGAUGCUGUUUGGAUAUCAACCGUUCGCUACUAAGGAUCCUAAGGUGUUUGAGAACGCGGAAGAGUUUGUGGGCCAUAGGUUUGUUGGGCCAGAUAGUGAAAAGCUAUUGAGACACGUGUAUUGGUCCAACGGACGCGAAACGGACGAACCCACAGCUGAUAACAAACAGUGUCCGGCGAGGGAUCUGGUGGUGCUGAUGUGCAGGUUAUACUUGGUGGAAUUCUUCUUGCGUUACGACACGUUUACGUUUGAGUUUAAACCCGUUGUUCUGGGCCCCGCAGUUACCAUAAAGUCACUCACCAAGGCCUCCUCUUACUGAGCGUCAUCAUCACCCACCCCCCCUACCCAAAACCUUUUUUUUGUUUGUUUGUUUUUUAAUGUCUAUUAAUUAACAAAAUAAAUUAAAGUACCUUUCUUUUUUUUUUCUCCUUUUUUCCCCUCCUCGAAUUGUUCUUUCGUGUAGGAAGUGCAUUAUGAUGUAUAUCAGUACCCAAGUGAGCAUGAUUUGUGUACAUUUUU